AAGGAUCCUACGCCCCUCUCAAAACACUGUGUCAACUCGAGACGUACUUGUACCGUCCCGCACCAGGAAGACAGGUGAGGGAACAGCAGUCAGCUUGCAAGAUCUUUUCUACAAUGGGCCUCCUCGAGAGUGCUUAAGUACCCUGUACGUCUGAGUGCCAAGGCCUAUUGGCAGUCAUCACAUAACUUUAUCAGAAAGACUGCGAGAUGUAGGGGACAGAAAUCUGCAGUGUGAGCAGCACAGUCACGCGACUGCAGAACAGCCAGCUUGUUUCCUAGGAUCCAAGUCUCCUGAACCUUGACAUUGUACAUUCAAAAAGACGAUGUGUCAGGCAGCUGGAGCUCCGUGAGUCUGUGCUCGACGACAUUUUCCAGAAGGAGAGUUGAUCACAUCCAUACCUGGGGUUAGGCAGAUGAGAGGAGGCAAAAGGCGACGUUCGCCUCCGCCGCCUGGAAGAAGAGGCGAAGACAGGCGCAUGGGUGGGGGAGCGCCCUAUCCGCCCCAGGGCUAUCGGGAUCGGAGACCAAGGAGCACCUCUCCAGAGCCACGCUAUCGCAGAUCUCCGCCGCCCUACAACAAGCGCUAUCGCCGUGAGGACGAUGCAUACGAUCGCUUCCCCCCUGGUGCCAGAGGCCCAGACCAGUUCAGCGACAGGCGGGGCCCAUACCGGGAGCGCUUUGAGGAGGAGCCUUACGGCGGGCGGCCACCCUACGGCCGCAGAUUCCCCUCCCCACCACCGGCAAAGACGGGCCCGAUGUCAUACAAGGAGUUCAUGAUGCGGCUGUCGGAUGAUGUGACGCCGGAGGACGCUCAGGUGGAGUACCAGAAGUACUUGGCACAGUACUGGGGCUCCGAGACGCGCGCCGAGUUCCAGCAGAAGCAGAACCUGGACUGGAUGCGUAAGAAGUACGACCCCCGGCAGCUGAUGGUGGCGCUAGAGCAGCGCAACACCGAUGCGCAGGCGGCCGCCGAGGCCUUUGGAGAGGCCCUGGCUGAGGGCAAGCUGGACCCUGCCUCGCCCUCCUUCCACCAGGGGACAGGGGAAGGGGCAGCUGCCGAUGUGCAGAACGGCCAUGCGGACGGCUCUGCUGAGAAGGAGAGCGCUGCUGAUGGGGCCAAAGAGGGAGAUGACAAAGAACUGGACGCAGAGACGAGCUCGUCAGCGGUGCCUGGGGCCGGUUGGAAGGCUGCCAGGGUGGAGGCUGAUCUGGCGCUCAGCAAGGAGCUCAUGCUGAAGCUGGACGCAGAGAAGGGCAUCGAGAGCAACCCCCUGGAGGCCCAGGCUACCGCCGCAGAGCCUGCCAAAGAGGGCGAGGUGGGUGAGGAGGCUGCCACAAAGGGAUAUGAGGAGCAGGUGGGGCAGCUGGACCUGCAGCUGACGUACCUGUGGCGGGUGCACAGCCUUGAUUACUACGGCGGCGCUGAGCUGCAGGACCCCGCUGAUGUCAGCGCUGCCAAGCGCACUCUUCGAGGGCCCCGCCCCGAGGAGGGCGAGCAGCCUGACGAGGCUGAAGAGGGCAAGGAGCUCAAGGCGCUGGAAGAGCAGGUGGAUGCUGUGUGGAAGAAGCGGCUGACAGCAGGGGAUCCUGUGGAGGCCUACCUGCAGAGAGACAAGGUGCAGAAGCUGGUGGAGGAGUGGGUUGAGGACCAGGUUCUGCAGAUCGAGGAAAACAAAUAUGGGUGCAAGCUGAGCCAGAAGCUGUUUGUGGGGAAGGAGUAUGUGCUCAAGCAUAUCCGCCUGAAGCACACUGCCGUACUGGAAGCACACCGUGAGAAGAUCUACGACCAGAUCUACUACGAGAAUUUCGAGAGCGACAAGAAGGAGCAGGAGGAGCGCGCCAGGGCCGAGGCAGAGCGCGCGCAGGCGGCCGCCUGGGCGGCCGGUGGGCCGCACUCCGGGCCGCCCGGCUUUGAGGGCGCAGGCUGGGAGGGUGAGGAAGGAUUUGGAGGCUGGGGGGGCCGCGGGGGACCGAUGGGCCGCGGUGGGAGGGGGGCCCCGGGGCUGCCAUUCCCUCCCAACGGCAACGGCUUUGCCAGCCCCGACAUGAUGGGCGCCCCCGUCAUGGGGGGCCCCGCCAUCGGGCCUGGCCAGAUGCUGGUGCUUGCUCCAGGUGCUGGGCCUCUGGGGCCGUUCAUCACAGUGCCGAUUCCAGAGGGGGGCGGCCCCGUGGCGAUGGGGGGACCCUCCAUGGGACCCCCCAGCGGUGGCGGCAGGGGCCCCGGCCGCGGUGGCAGGGGGCCCCCGCGGGGGGGACCCAUGAUGCGCGGUCGCGGCUACGGUGGCGGGCCGUCGGGUUACGGGGGCCCCAUGGGGGGACCCCCACAGCGGGGCUACUAUGACUUGGAUGCCCCUGAGAACCAGCGGUCUGUACUGGACUAUGGUGACCUCUAG